AUGGUUGAAAUCAAAGAUCAUGAUGCCCUUCUGGCCUCCAUGCGUUCUCGUGUCCAGGAGCAGGUUCUUCAAGCGUCAGGGUUGGAUAUGGUCUAUUUGACAAUACACGCAGUUUGCGAAAAACACUAUAUCUGCUUGUACCGCGGGGCAUGGCUCCAGAAGCGACGAGUAACGGGGGAUAUCGUAAGGGCCCUUAAAAACCGAAAUGCCCCAGAAUCUGAAUUGAAAGUUGCCCUAGCGGAACUGAAGGCUCGUAAAAAGCUUUUGGAAGAGAAGGAGGCCGAGCUGAUACCAAUGGCUCCCGAUUUUGAUCGUGGAAAACUAGAAGAUUUGCUAAAGCAAAAAUUUUUCUACGACCAGUCUUUUGCCAUCUAUGGCGGUAUUCAAGGUCUGUAUGAUUACGGACCGAUGGGCUGUGCAAUGAAAGCCAAUUUGAUUGCGGCUUGGCGUCAGCAUUUUAUUUUGGAAGAUCAACUCUUGGAAGUGGACUGCUCAAUGCUCACUCCCGCUCCCGUACUGCAAGCCUCAGGUCACGUGGAUCGAUUUACUGACCUGAUGGUCAAAGAUGUUAAAACGGGCGAGUGCUUCCGUGCAGAUCACCUGGUAAAGGCUAACCUUGAGGCAAAACAAAAACACAAGAAAACAACGGAGGCAGAGAAGCAGGAAAUCCAGAAAUUACUGGCACAGUUGGAUAACUUCGGUAGCAAAGAACUGGAUGACAUUAUUCGCCGGUACGAAAUGAAAGCACCAUCCACAAAUAACGAAUUGACCGAACCGCAAGAGUUCAAUCUUAUGUUUCUGCGUCCAGAAACAGCUCAAGGCAUCUUUGUGAACUUUCAACGCCUGUUGCACUUUAAUCAAGGCCGAAUCCCAUUUGGUGCGGCUCAAAUCGGUUCGGCUUUCCGGAACGAGAUCAGUCCUCGGUCCGGUCUGAUCCGGGUUCGUGAGUUCGCUAUGGCCGAGAUA